AUGAUGUCAAAUCCAUCAACGACAUCUACUCUAAAAGCGACAUUAAUACCAGACACGACUUCUACUCCAGUAACGAAAACUACUCAAACAAUGGCUACUUAUUCAUCAACAAAUUCUAACCCACAAGUGACUUCUACUUCAAAAGCGUCUUCUUUUUCAACAACUAUGUCAGUUAUUACAGCAGCUUCUAUUCCGAUGUCGCCAAAAAUAACAACAACCCCAUCGAAUACUGCAUCAAAACCGACUUCCUCUCCUCAAAUAGCGACUUCUACGUCAAUUAAGACUUCUACUGCACAUUCGACUACUCCGACAACGAUUUCUACUCAAACAUCGAAAUUAACACCAACAAUGACUUCUACUCCAACAAUGUCUGUUUCUUCAACUAAGACAUCUACUCCAACAACGACUGUUGCUCCAAGUACGACUUUUACUCCAUCGAAUAUAUCUACUUCUAGAUGGACUACUGCUCUACCGACAACGGCUCCUCCAACAAGGACUAUUGCUCCAACAAUGAAUGUUGCUCUAACAACGACUUCUACUCAAACAUCUUCUUCUACUCACAAAAAGACUACUGCUCCAACAUCGAGGUAUGCUUUACAUACGACUUCUAGGCUUUUAGACAUAGUAAAUGGAAACGGCACAACGAUAAUACAGCAAUCAACAUAUUCUAAUUCAAUCAUGACUGAUUCUUCAACAUCUGAUUAUGAUUUAACAACGAAUUCAUCUCACACACCGAAUACUGUUCCAGUUAUGACUCAUAUUCCAGCAACAUCACCAGAAACUACUACUCUUACAACAAAAAUGACUACUACUCCUACAACUACUUCUAUUCCAACAACAACAAAUACUAUUCCAUCAACAGACAAGAUUAGUACUAAAACAAGAACAACAACAAACAUUCUAAAAACACUAAUGACUGAUACUGCAACAACACCAGGAUCUAAUUUUCAUAUAACAACUUCCAUUCCAACAACAGCAAUGACUGAUACUACAACAACACCAGAAUCUACUCUUCCUAUAACAACUGUCAUUCCAACAACAACAAUGACUGAUACUACAACAGCAUCAGGAUCUACUCUUCCUAUAACAACUGUCAUUCCAACAACAGCAAUGACUGAUACUACAACAACACCAGGAUCUACUCUUCAUAUAACAACUUCCAUUCCAACAACAGCAAUGACUGAUACUACAACAACACCAGGAUCUACUCUUUAUAAAACAACUUUCAUUCAAACAACAGCAAUUACUGAUACUACAACAACACCAGGAUUUGGUCUUCCUAUAACAAUGACUUAUUCUUCAACAGCAGCAACAACAAAAACAACACAAACUACCACUCCUACAACACCUACUACUUCGACAACAACAAAGACUACUACUCCAGUCAAAACUGAGAUUACAACUCCAACAACAAUAACACCAACGUCUACUCCAUUAACAACUUAUAUUCCAACGACAACAGAUAUUAACGAGUGUGCCUCCACCCCAUGUGAAAAUGGAGGUAUUUGUACAGAUGGAGACAAUAAUUAUACUUGUGAUUGUGUCCCAGGGUAUUCUGGAAAGAAUUGUGAAACGGAUAUUAACGAAUGUGAAUCCAAUCCAUGUAAAAAUGGAGGUAGCUGCACAGAUGGAGUUAACAAUUACACUUGUGAUUGUGUGACAGGGUAUACUGGAGAGAACUGUGAAAUAAAUAUUGAUGAGUGCUCAUCUAACCCAUGUUAUAAUAACGCUACCUGUAAUGAUACGAUCAACGAUUUUCAAUGCGUAUGUCUUCCUGGAUUUACUGACAAAACCUGUAGCACAGAUAUUGAUGAGUGCUUAUCUAACCCGUGUUAUAAUAACGCUACCUGUAAUGAUACGAUCAACGAUUUUCAAUGCGUAUGUCUUCCUGGAUUUACUGACAAAACCUGUAGCACAGAUAUUGAUGAGUGCUUAUCUAACCCAUGUUAUAAUAACGCUACCUGUAAUGAUACGAUCAACAAAUUUGAAUGCGUAUGUCUUCCUGGAUUUACUGACAAAACCUGUAGCACAGAUAUCAAUGAAUGCUCUCCUAACCCAUGUGAACAUGGCGCAACCUGUAGUAAUCUAGUCAAUGAUUUUCAAUGCAUAUGUCCUCCUGGAUUUACUGACAAAAACUGUAGCACAGAUAUCAAUGACUGCUUUCCUAACCCAUGUGAACAUUGCGGAACCUGUAAUGAUCUGGUAAAUGAUUUUCAAUGCAUAUGUCCUCCUGGAUUUGCUGACAAAAACUGUACUACAGAUAUCGAUGAUUGCUUACCUAAUCCAUGUGCACACGGCGGAACCUGUAUUGAUCUGGUCAAUGAUAUUAUAUGCAUAUGUCCUCCUGGAUUUACUGAAAAAAACUGUAGCGCAGAUAUCAAUGAAUGCUUACCUACCUCAUGUGAAAAUGGCGGAACCUGUAAUGAUCUAGUAAAUGAUUUUCAAUGCAUAUGUCCUCCUGGAUUUACUGACAAAAACUGUAGCAGAGAUAUCAAUGAUUGCUUUCCUAACCCAUGUGAACAUUGCGGAACCUGUAAUGAUCUGGUCAAUGAUUUUCAAUGCAUAUGUUCUCCUGGAUUUACUGACAAAAACUGUACUACAGAUAUCGAUGAGUGCUUAUCUAACCCAUGUGAACAUAACGCUACCUGUAUUGAUCUGGUUAAUGAUUUCCAAUGCCAUACUUUUACAGAUUUGAAUCUGGCUUUGGUGUUCGUUUCAGAUAUCGAUGAGUGCUUAUCUAACCCAUGUGAACAUAACGCUACCUGUAUUGAUCUGGUCAAUGAUUUCAAAUGCGUAUGUCUUCCUGGAUUUACUGACAAAAACUGUAGCAAAGAAAAUAUAUAUCUUCAGAGUUGCAGUAGUACCAGUGUGUCAGGUACAUGUAUUAAUGAAUGA